AUAUUUUACUGGAGCAAUAUUAUGGGCCUUAGCCUUACACUUCCUACUUGAGCCAAUGCAGAACACACACACACUCACUCACUGUUGUGUUUUCUCUCCAUCAGAUCUUCUUCCGCUCACUCUGGAUCUGAACACUGUGUGUAAAGACCUCCGUCUGUCUGAGGAGAACAGAGUGAUUACUUACACUGACACACUUCAGCCGUAUCCUGAUCAUCCAGACAGAUUUGAUGUGUAUUCUCAGGUGUUGUGUAGAGAGAGUGUGUGUGAACGCUGUUACUGGGAGAUUGAGUGGAGUGGUGAUGGUGUGUGUAUAUCAGUGUCAUAUAAGAGCAUCAGCAGGAAGGGACAGGGUAAUGUGUGUCUGUUUGGAUCUAAUGAUCAGUCCUGGAGUUUGACCUGCUCUCCUGACAGAUACACAUUCAGACACAAUAACAGACAGACUGACUGUGUGUGUGACAGGAGAAGAGGAGAGUGUGUGUGUGACAGGAGAAUAGGAGUGUAUGUGGAUCCCAGUGCAGGAACUCUGUCCUUCUACAGCGUCUCUGACACAACGAGCCUCAUACACACAGUCCAGACCACAUUCACACACACACUCUAUCCUGGGUUUGGGGUUAAUUAUCGAUCAUCAGUGAAACUGUGUUGAUGAGUGAGAACAGACUGUACCCAUAAUGCUUUGGGUGCCGCAUGAUAAAGCAGUCAGAGUGAGAUGUUGUUGCGUCUCUUAUUGUCUCUUGAUUCCAGUAAUAACAGCUGACCUGCUGUCAGUGAAAUAAAGAGAAAGCCAGAAGAACAGGCAGUGACACACAGAGAAGAGAGAGGAAAUAUGAGACACAAUGAGACUCACUGCAAACAUGUCUGAUGAUACGAGCCAAUCCAAGACUUUCACUUUCAGACAUUCAUAGAUGUGUGUGUUAGGCUCCUCCCCUUCACUUCUGGAUCCAGUUUAAAACAGCAUUACUUUGCUCUGGGUGAUGUGUGUAUUAUUACAGACGGCUCUGUUGAUAUAUAGUGUGUGUACUGGACUAAACCUGUUAGUGGCUGUUCUUCUUUUAUUAUUAGUUCUGCUUUAUCUUUUGAUUGUUCGUCUCUGUUGUGCAAAUUCAAGAAAUAAAACACUCUGAAAGAUCAUCUCAAAACACAGAGAUGCGAAAGAUACAAGCAACAAUUAAAGUCAAGUGUGUGUGUGUGUGUGUGUGUGUGUGUGUGUGUGUGUGUGUGUGUGUGUGUGUGUGUGUGUGUGUGUGUGUGUGUGAUGGCUGGGAAGGUGAAGUGGGUGACGGACAUGGAGAAAUCGGUGCUAAUCAAUAACUUUGAGAAGAGAGGAUGGAUCCAGGUGACGGACAGCGACGACUGGAACUUCUACUGGCAAGAGCUCGUUUCAUUUCAUCCGUUCACACUGACACUGCAAAGCUGAAGUACACACUGAAGCACUUGAUCAGAUCAGUGCUAGGGCUGAAUCCAGUUUCACACACACACACACUACUGGUGUUCAGAUGAACUGUUUGAGCCGUUCACGGUGGACUGUGGUCGUACGACUGUGUCCUGAGGGAAAUACUACUGUGCUGUAUGAGUGGGGGAUUCACACAUAAACUUGCUUUAAAUAUUUCACUGAUGUUUUCAGACAUUACAAACAAAGUCUGGAGGAUUCAUGAACAGUACUUUAAAAAAAUGUAAAAGUACCCCUUUCUCCUACAAUUUACAAUCUACAAUUUUUAUAUAAUUCAAUGGAAAUAUAUUUUCAAAAUGAUAUGACCUGAAAGAUCAUAAUGUGUAGAUUCUGUGCAUUUAUAACCAUACUAAUAUUUUUCUAUUAAUUAAAUUAUCAUUUAAUGAACUUCUGUUGUGGUGAUGAUACACAAGUUAUGGAUAUGAGGUUGAUUAUUUCAGUAAUGAUAAUAAGUAUACUAGGCUUUUGUUAAAAACAGAAUAAUAUUUUCAGGUUCAGAUCAGUUUUAUUUUGUAGUGCUUCAAAAAUACACAAUCAAAGAACAAAACAAAGAGUGGCAGGUUGUAGAUCUGGAAUAAUGGCUUUAGUUAGUUCACCCAAAAAUGAAAAUUAUGUCAUUAAUGAAACUGAUCACUUAAAAACACACCUUACAUGUAUUUCCUAUAGUAGUAACUAUAAAUCAAGCAGAAUUACAUGCAAAUAACCCUCAACCAAAUCCUGAUCCUUUC